CCACUAUCCAAAUCACCGAAAAAAUAAAAAAACAAAAAACAAAGCUUGAAUACAAUCAACCCAUAUCGAUCGGCGUUCAGAAUCGUCGUCUGCGCAUCAGGAGUCCACGAGAAGCUCCCCCAAGUGCCUCGAAUACACCUUCCCCGUCGUGGUCGAAAUCUAAAUCCUCAUCGGCGAGGACGUUGAUGAUAUACUCUACAAUUGGGAGGAUAAUUGUAGAGGUCUAAGUCAUCCAGUCGCCUCCCUAAAACAUCGUGCACCACCGCGCUUGCCACUUCCGCCAUCUCAACGGCAGAGUCCAAUCAGUUUCAGCAGUUGCUACCAGGGAUCGAGUAUGCUUCGUGGGGUGAUGCUUCGCGUGGAGCAAGGCCAAGAAAUAUGAAAAAGGCGGCGAGGCAGAUGAAACCCGUAUCUCGUUAAAUUGCACUUUGACCAUCAAACUUUAUCAAAAUUGCACUCUCUCUACUCUCAUACUUUGGACCUUUCUUUUUUUCCUUCCUCUGUCUUCCCCUCCUCCUCUUCAUCCUCUCCGGCGCAGCCUCUCCACCACUUCUCCAGCCCCCGCCACCGUCGGUGUUGUAGGCGAAAGGAAAGGUGAGCCGUUCGCAUUCUCCGUCGUUACUCUCUUCUUCACCUCGUCUCCGGAGAUCUGGGACAGAAGCAAUCGGCAAUCCCUCGUUCUUCGGCUUACAAAUUGAUUAGAGAAAGAUUGUGUCUGCGUCGCCGUCUCGAGCAAUUGUUCUGAUUUUAUCUGAUCCUUGCCAAAUUGUAAGAUUGUGUUUGGAGGAGGAAUUUGAAGGUUUCGAUAUUGUUUACUGAAAUUUUAAUGGAUGCGGAUGUGAAGAAUAUCAAGAAAUGGAUCGUCUUAUACCCAAUUUACAUAAACACAAAGAAAACCCUCGCUGAAGGUCGGAGAAUCAAUGCCAGCAAAGCAUGUGAAAACCCUACUUGUGCCGAGAUUUACGAUUGCUGUACUCACCUGAAGCUCCCGUCCGCAAUUGAGAGCGAGAAGGCAUAUCCCCGAGACUUUAUGCAAAGAGGAAGAGUGAGGGUUUUGUUGAAAAGGGAAGAUGGGAGUCUCUACAACCCUGCCAUAUCUUCAACUUCACUUACAUCCUAUCCUAGGUUUUAUGGAGUUGACAUGUUUGGCUGGAAGCAGCUAAUGCUUCAUGUUGCAGAGUUGGUACCUCGACACCCUGGUCGAACCAAGAAGCAAGAACCCCCCUCCACCUCAGCUACUGGUGGCUCCAAAUCUGGGAAGGGCGGCAAGAAAAAACGAUAGUGGAAAGACAGUUUUCAAACCAAUCUAUCUACCUAUCUACAUUAGCCCUGAAUCAUUUAUAUUUUGAUCUAUUUAUAUUUUGCAAGAUUGAACUAUUUA